GUGGGCCGCCAAAGAGCGAGCAGAAGCUGCUCUCACACACAAUAUGUGUUGGCUCGCCAAAAAGGAGCAGGCAGGGUCCUUUCCACAGCACGUCAUGUAACCGGGGGAGGAAGCCUGCGAAGCGGCUUGGCCUUUCCUGCGGGGCUGGAUCAGCGGGAUGGAGGCUGGCAACCAAGCCAGCACUUCAGGCGACAAGAAAAGUCCCCACUGGAGGAGUUACAAGUUGAUUAUUGACCCUGCAUUGAAAAAAGGACAGCACAAACUCUACCGUUACGAUGGAUUGCACUUCAAUAUGCCUAACUCUGGAGUUCCUCCAGUGGAUUCAGUCAGAGACCCCAGAAUUGGAAGGAUAUGGACCAAAACGAAAGAGUUGGAUUUACCGGUUCCCAAACUCAAGAUCGAUGAAUUUUAUGUGGGACCGGUACCCCCCAAACAGGUGACGUUUGCAAAACUAAACGACAACAUUCGUGAAAACUUCCUGGGAGAUAUGUGUAAAAAAUACGGAGAAGUAGAGGAAGUGGAGAUUCUUUACAACCCUAAAAACAAGAAGCAUCUGGGCAUUGCCAAAGUCAUUUUUGCCUCUGUUAAAGGUGCCAGGGAUGCAGUAAAACAUUUGCACAACACUUCCGUGAUGGGCAACAUUAUCCACGUGGAACUGGAUACUAAAGGUGAAACUCGCAUGCGGUUCUAUGAACUGUUAGUUAAUGGUUUCUAUACCCCUCAGACCCUUCCAGUUGGAAGUGAUUUGGAUGCAUCGCCCACUGUGAAUGAAAUUUCACAGGUACUUGACACCGUAAGACGGGCAAAGGAAAUUAAUACUGGAGCAUCUGUCACCCCUAAUAGCAGUACUCCUUUUUCCCAUGAUACAGCUUAUUCAAGCUGUCGACAAGACACCCCAAACUCUUAUAGCCAGUAUACCCCUCAGUCUCAAGGCACCCCCCACACUCCUCGACAAGGGACACCUUUUUCCCAAGAUUCCAGCUAUUCAAGUCGACAGACAACACCAGCUUAUCAUUAUGGUCAGGACUCUGGGUUUAAACCAAGGAGACAUGAACCAAAGUUUACUGACGCCUACAAUCGUAGGCCAGGACACCACUAUGUUCACAAUUCAAACACUUACCGGGGCUCUGAACAUUCUUUCAACACGUCAAGACAGCAGCCAGAGACGGUGCACUUUUCUCAAACACCACCUUUAAGUCAGUCUGGUGUUAACUAUAAAUCUGCCUUUUCUCCUUACCAAGCAACAACAGUCUACCCACAAUCUGACGAGAAUCAAUUCACUCAUACAUCAAAGGAAGUGGAAUAUAGGCGGUUAGCACCUACACUUUCAGAGCCUUUUGUUGAUGGUGGAUGCAGUUCUGUCAAUACUGACUUUAUACCAGUGAGAGAGAAACCUGAGGAGCCUCCUCCACCGGAGCCUGAAUGUUUGGUGGAGCAAACAGCAACCUCUCUUGCUCGGACUCCAGAAAGGUGUGCAACACCUGGAACACCAACCCUAGAGGAUGAAAUGCAGCACAAUAGUUUAGACUCAAGGAUUGAAAUGCUUUUAAAAGAGCAAAGAACCAAACUACCUUUCCUAAAUGAGCAAAACUCUGACAAUGAGGUGAUGAUGGAAGGAAGUCCUAUCUCCUCCUCCUCUUCCCAGCUUUCACCUAUUCCCCCAUAUAGUUCAAACUCCCAAUACCAAGAUUUAACCCCUUCUUCCAGACCCUCCAGCACUGGCUUAGAAGACAUUAGUCCAACCCCUUUGCCAGAUUCUGAUGAUGAUGAACCAAUACCCGGCACAACCGCUUUCAGCCACAACUCUAGGUCAAUGUCUCCCAUUGAUCAGACAGUACAAACAGGGAGAACUUUGAAAAUUGAGACCUCAGAUGCAAAUGAACUGGCAGCUGGAGACGAAACCCCCACUUCUGAAAAAAUGGAUGAGGUCCAUCCUUCCUCAGGAGAGGAUAUGGAAAUUUCUGAUGAUGAAAUGAACACCUCUCCUAUCACCAGUGACUGUGCCAAAUCUAUAGUUGUAAAUUCAGCCGUAGAUAAUUCAUCAGUUAUGAGCUCAGUCAUUCCUAUACCACCACCAGGAUUUCCCCCUCUCCCACCACCUCCACCUCCCCAAACUGGAUUUCCAUUGCCACCUCCUCUCCCUCCACCACCACCUCCCACCCAUCCAUCAGUUACAGUACCUCCUCCUCCUUUACCUGCUCCACCUGGAGUACCUCCACCACAUAUAUUGCCCCCUCCCCCACCGUACCACCAAGGUAUGUUUCCUACAAUGCAGGGAGAUAUGAUAAGUGCACUUGGAACUCACUAUGGUGGGAUGCCAAUGUCGUUUCAAAUGCAGACUCAAAUGCUUAGCCGUAUGAUGCAGGGGCAAAGUGCUUAUCAAUAUCCUCACUUUGUCAGUAGUUCCAUGCAGUUCAGUAACCAGCAUCAAUACCGUCCUUUUCCUAUGUCUUCUCAUCUUGCCCGCGAACAGCCAUGGCCACCUUUGCCUAAGUUUGAUCCAUCUGUGCCCCCACCAGGCUAUGAGCCAAAAAAGGAGGACCCACAUAAAGCUACUGUGGAUGGUGUUCUUCAAGUCAUUGUAAAGGAGCUGAAAGCCAUAAUGAAAAGGGAUUUGAACAAAAAAAUGGUGGAAGUUGUGGCUUUCAGGGCAUUUGAUGAAUGGUGGGACAAGAAAGAACAUUUAGCCAAGCAAUCUCUUACUCCAGUAAAAUCUGGGGAUUGCAAAGAUGAAGAAAAACCAAAGCCAAGGGACCAAAUAACUUCAAGUCUGCUGGAAAGCUGGAACAAGGGGGAAGGACUGGGCUUUGAAGGCAUUGGAUUGGGCAUUGGUCUUCGAGGAGCAAUCAGAUUGCCCUCAUUUAAAGUGAAGCGGAAAGAACCUCCCGAAGCUGUGGCUGGUGAUCAGAAACGUAUUCGUUCUUCUCCAUUUGUAGAUGAUGAGGAUGAUGAAUCGGAAAGAGACAGAGAAAUCUCAGACACAUCUGAAUUGUCUAAAAAGGAUGCAGAAGCAGUGACCAUCAGAAGGAAGCCAGUCAGACCCCUAGACAAUGAGGGAGAGGAGGAAGUUGAAAGUGAGGCUGAUGAAGAUGAGCCUUUAGAAAAAGAAGAGGAUUCGUCAUCAGAAAAAGAGGAAGAACAGAAAGAUGGUUCUGUUGGAGCCAUGUCUAAUAAGGAGCAGCCUUAUAUUGCUGAGGCUGAGGAAGAGGAGGAAGAUGACUUAGAAAUAAGUGACAGAGAUGAGGAUGAAGAAUCUGAAGAAGAAGAUGAAACCAGUGUUGCUUCCUCUAAAGUGGCAGGAGAAUCCUCAGAUGAAAGUGAUGAAUUUUCAGAGUAUGAAUCCAGCUCAGAUUCUGAAGAGGAGGAGGAGGAGGAGGAGGAAUAUGAUGAUGAGGAGGAAGAGGAAGAUGAUGAAGAGGAGGUAGAAGUGGCAAAGUAUAGGGAAGACCAAUAUGAAGAAGACCUUUUAGAACAAGAGGCAGAUAUAAAGACUGAGAAAGAAGAAAGCUUAAAAGACUCCCUGUCUGAGCAUAGCAGUCCAGUCAGAGCGGAGACUGAAGAAUUGCUAGAUGAAAAGGUGGAAGCAGAUGAAGAUCUUGUGGCAGUGGCAGUGGCAGUGGAGGAAGAGUCACUGGUUAUCAAGAAAGAGGUUGAGAUACCAGAGGUGGAUCUCCACGAGGUGCUAAAGAAAGAUACCUCAAUUGUGGCCAAGGAGCUUUCAGAAGACGUGGUGGAACUUGAUGCAGAGAAGAUGUUGGAGAAAGUCUCACCACCAUUAAAUGAAGAGGAUCAGGAAGAAGAGUAUGUGGAACUACAUUUGGAACCUGUGCCUUUAGAGCUAGAAAGCCCAAACACAGACCCUCAGGAGACUGAAAUAGUUCGUCCUGCAACACCCACUGGGGCCUUUGGUGAAUCCAGCAUACUCCCCAAACAAGAAGAAAUUAUUUCAGAUGUCAGAUUACAUGCAAAGUUAACAUUUGUUGCAGAAGACGAGGAAUUUUAUCCUCGCACCCCUGGACGAGACACAGCUGCUCAUUUAGAUUCUGAAGUCUCUCUUCCGGCUAUCCCCAAAGCAACUCCAUCCACACUUCCUCUUUUACAGAGCCACAACAAGGAAGAUGAGCCCCCACCUUCUCAAGAGAAGUUGUCUGUACAUUUGGCAGUGACUAAGAUGCCUUCCGAAGAAGAUCUUCCACGCACACCUGGUAGGGACAUCUUGGUUAAGUCAUCUCACCUUGGGAAAUCUCAGAGUACUGAUACUGUACCUGCCACACCAGGUGGUGAUGCUCCACUCACCGGCAACAGUUUGACACUAACUUCCCCCCAUAUUCCUGGUAGUCCAUUUUCAUAUCUCUCACAGUCACCUGGAAUUAUUAAUAGUGGUAUUCCUAGAACUCCAGGAAGAGAUUUUAAUUUCACACCAACCUUUCCCGAUUCUAGUGCAACAUUCCCUUGCCACCCAUCUAACAAAAAACCCUCUGUGGAUGAGCCAGAUGAAAAAGCAUUUAAAGAACCAACCAGUGCUUCCUUAAUACUUAACAGUGUCCCCUCACCUGUCCCAUUUGUUAGUCCACCCAGAGUGGAUCUACAAACAGAUGUUAUAUUAGCAGUUGAUGAUCAGGAAAGAUCUGAGGAGCACUUCACAGAUGACAAGCUAAGCGAGGGAAGUGAUGCCGAUCUUAGUAAAGGGCAUCUGCAUGCAGAAGAAGAUACACUCUCAUCAUCUCUAUCUCCUACAGCUAAGAAAAAACCUGGAAGGGCCAAAAGGCCUCCCCCUUCAACUCUUGCUUUAGACAUGGGAAUAGACUCAGAACAGCUUCUUCCUAUUAACUUAACUGAAAGUGCUCUAAGCAAAGAGUUAUUUGAUGGGCAACACAGUGUGAUGGGUGGAAUCAAAGAUCCUGCAGCUGUACCAUUAGAUUUUAGGAACGAAGUGAACCAUGAGAACAUAGGCCAUGAAGCCAUAAACCAGAAGGUUCCAUUAAAAGAGUUGGAAAACCAGUGGAAAGAGGUGUGGAAAGAGGAGGAAGAUUUUGGCAAACCUAAAAAAACAAGGAAUUGGAGGUCAAAGAAGAGAUUUGAAGAGAUCUCAACUUUUCCUUCACCUGACUAUUCUCCACCACAACCUCUUUUCAAACCCCGGUCAGAGUUUGAGGAGAUGACAAUUUUGUAUGAUAUAUGGAAUGGUGGAAUUGAUGAAGAAGAUCUCAAGUAUAUGUGCAUCACAUAUGAGAGGUUAUUGCAGCAAGAUAAUGGCAUGGAUUGGCUCAAUGACACUUUAUGGGUUUACCAUCCUCAUAUCCUUUAA